ACGCUCUGCCUGUGCAGGUGCAACGCUGGGCUCAUAGCUGCUGCAGGGAAGUUGAGGGGAAAAUCUCCCAUUUGAUGGUAAACCCUGCGCUCCUCUGUCGUAGCGGGGCCGUGUUCAUUCUGACAGCGGACACAGAAAGAACGGAAGUUAUUUAUCCUUUCCGAGAUGGCGUCGGCAAAUGCAACAUAUGGACAGAAGGAAUCCUCGGACCAGAACUUUGAUUACAUGUUUAAAAUCCUCAUCAUUGGCAACAGCAGCGUGGGAAAAACCUCCUUCCUCUUCAGAUAUGCAGACGACUCCUUCACACCGGCGUUUGUCAGCACGGUGGGCAUCGACUUCAAGGUGAAGACCAUCUAUAGGAACGACAAGAGGAUAAAACUGCAGAUCUGGGACACUGCUGGACAGGAGCGCUACAGAACAAUCACCACAGCCUACUACAGGGGAGCAAUGGGCUUCAUCCUCAUGUACGACAUCACCAAUGAGGAGUCCUUUAACGCUGUGCAAGACUGGUCGACCCAGAUCAAGACAUACUCAUGGGACAACGCUCAAGUCCUCUUGGUGGGAAACAAGUGUGAUAUGGAGGAUGAGCGGAUAGUGGCGUCUGAGAGGGGUCGGCAGCUAUCAGAGCAACUCGGCUUUGAGUUCUUUGAGGCAAGUGCUAAAGACAACAUUAAUGUGAAGCAGACGUUCGAGCGACUGGUGGACAUCAUCUGUGAGAGGAUGACAGAGACUCUGGAUAACAACGACCCAACUGUCAUCGGAGCCAAGGAGGGGCCACAGCUGAAUGAGCAGCCCCAGAGGUCUCACCAAGAUUGUGCUUGUUGAAUGCACGCACGCACACACACACACACACACACACACACACACGCACGCACACACACACACACACACACACACACACACACACACACGCAUCCGCACUCACUGCUUGUCCUGAUUUUUCAACUUUUUUUAGUCUGGAUCUUGCUGUCUAUGUUCUUUUUAAUAUGCAGAUGCAAAACUGCCAUGCACCCAAACUCUGCCGUCCACAGACCCGCACCAGUUGGCUGAUUCAAAGCUCCACAUCAAGAGCUCUGUCUGCAUAACAGCUCUCCCCAUAUAACACAGCUCUCCCCAAAGAUGUUCAUUCCAGGUUCUGUCAGAGUGGUGGAGAACCUUUCCCAGAUCCCAGCUUCUCUUUCACCCAGUUCUUAAACGCACUAAGCUGUUUCUUACCAGAUUUGCAACAGUUUUAGUUAUUGUCCCUCUGAAAGGGUGUUGGUUGGUGAUUUAAUUUCAGUUAGGUGGAUUUUUGAGGCUCUCAAACCCUCUUUUUCAGUGUUGAGGUGGGCGUUUAUAGAUUUAUAGACCCAGAUUUUAUGUCCAAGCAGGGUCACUCUUGAUUGUUUCUUUCUCCUUAAUUGAAGAAAUUAUUGAAUCAAUCUAAAAUAUUUAUUUUCUAAGAUAUUUUAUUACAGCGGAUCUGAAAAGUGUACACACCACUGGAAAAAAUACAGCAAUUUGGGAUUUAAAAAAACAAAGACCAUGAUAAAUAUUCUAAAACCAUUUUCCAUUAUUACUGUGACACAUCCUGUACAAUCCGACUGAAAACAAACUACCUUCUCCUGACGGAUACCUUUGUACAGUGGAAUAAUAAUGAUAUUAGUGAGAACUUGUUACUUUUCCUGCAAACUACAGAGCUAUAGCAAAAUAUGCAUAUAAGAGCAGCUGAACUUAAGUACACUAUAAGUAAUGGAUUGGUGAUCUUCUAAAGACUGACUGCUAAAACUGAAACAAAAGUUGCUUAGACACAAUAUUAGUUUCAGGGGGUGCAAACUCAUGCAGCCAGAUGAUUGUAGCAUUUUACUGGUUUUAUCUGUAUCCCUCUAACGGAGCUGUUUGUUUUCAGUUGUAUUUUACAGAAUGCAUGUCACAGUUAAGGUGAAGAAAACUGAUUCAUUAUGGUCACAUUUUUUAUCUCACUAAAACCUUGCAUCUAAACAGGCAUAUGUUCACUUUUGAAAGCCAGCGUACAUAGUAAGUCUGAAUCAAAGUUAAAGUGAGCAUCUUGGUUGGGCCUGUGUAAGGAACAGCAUCACCUGGAUGUUUGAUUGGUUUUGGUAAUGCUUUAAAUCAUGCAUCACAAUUAGCUGAUAUUGAAUCUCUCUGGCCACUCAAGUACAUAAAUAUCUAAAUGUCAAUAAAUAUGCAUUUAAAAUGCUGAUAUUUACAGUAUACAUGUCAAAUAAUUCUAAAACAGUAAAGAUAAUGAAGGUUGCUAGAUUCCUACCUGUGCUGUAGUAAGAGCUGCAUGUUGUUGUGUUUUUAAACUUAUUCUGAUUGACUGCUUUGUUAUUUGUAUGAGCUGUUGAUUUUACAGGUUUUACUCUCAUCUGUCCCACUCUUCUGCUUCUUUAAAACACCAGAUAGGGUCAACGGUUUUUGUUGGUUAACUCUUGACACUCCUCAGGUUGUUCUAACUUUUAUUUGAUGCAUUUAGUAAGUGUGGGUCAUUUCUCCCCUUCACCAGUCCACACUCCUGCAGUGUUGGCGGUUUCCUUCCUACUCUUCAUGAAAAGGACCCACGGAUUGCAGGAUGUUUUGUAUCAGCCGUGCAUCAAUCCGUGCUCAGCCUCGGGUACAUUUUGUACCCACUUUAACAGCCAACCAUAGCAACAUUUUAUGUCUUGCUCAUAGCCUGCUUUAAGGAAUAGUUGUGGUUAUGGGACUUCUAUGAAUACUUUCUACCAGCAAAGGGUCCCUUAGUUUCUUUGAUUGAUCAUUGGUCACAAUCUGGCAUAUUUCAUAAGAGCCAAGUGUUCCAAAUUGGGAGAAAAAUGAUAAUCCAUUGGGUAAUUAUAGAAAAUCUUCUGAAUAUCAUACACAAUUAAACUAGAAUAUAUGUAAGAUUUGGGUAUUGUCAUAUUUAUCUUAUCUUCAUGAUUCGUUAAAACAUCUUAUUACCAAGAUACAACAAAUGAUGCCCUCUGGUCAAGUAAAUGGACAUGAAAUGGUUUGUCUAGUGGUAAGAAAAGAAAAAGUAGGUUGUGAAAAACUGAGGUUAUGAAUUGGUGAAGGGGCGGAUUGACCCGGAGUCUACAUGGACUCAAUAGACAGGCGUGUUUUUAGUGAGCACUGCUGGAGCCCAGACCUGACAUCUCCCUGUACCUCCAGGCAGCCUGCAAUGCCACUGGAACUGAUCCAUCUGUGUUUGUCUUUUCCAGAACAUGUUGGGAUUUUUAAGCAUGUUAAAUGUCAGAUUGCAGGUCUUGUUUCUUUUUUUUGCUGAUGCUAAGGUGAAGGACUUGUCUGCGCUUGUUUACAGCGCGGGCCUUCUCCAACUCAUACAGUCACAAAUUUGCUGAGACAUGUACAAAGUUUUUCAACCAAAUUAUUUAUUUUGUUUUUAUUUAUGACUUAAUUUAUUUUUUUGUAGUAUUUAAAGUUUAUGCAUUACGUUCUGCACAUUUUGAGGAGACGUUUGGACGUAUUCAGUAGCCUGAAGUUCUCCAGCGCUUUAAGUUCAAACGUAUGAGUGUUUCCAGAGCGAUGUGUGGGAUGAUUCCUUUUGGGGGGGGCGGGAUAUUAAAACAUUCCAGUGUGAGAACUUAUCAUGGUCACGUAGCUUUGCUGAGGAGUGUGUUUGUCUUUGAUAUCAGUUUUAUAACUGCUUGGACUCUUUUCCCCACUCUCGGUUAUGAAAGCAACAUACGACAUUUGUAACACAAGAACCGUGUUAGUAAAAGCAACACAAAACAGAGCAUUUUCAUGAAAAAAAAAAUAUAUGAAUACAUCGAGGAUCCAAGAAUGCAGUUAUCCAACUGUUCUUUUGAAAUCUUGUUGAACCUGUGUGCUUUCAAACAGGAAAAAAGCUUCUGCAGGUUAGCUGAAUACUCUGAACUCUUCAUCAAAAAGCAAUUUCAACUAUAUUUGUUCACCUUUGAAUUGUUUACCAAUUUUUGCUAAUUUAUUCCGUUUUGCUACGAUGACUCUCUGAACCGUGAAAAAAACAUAUCAGUCGUGUUCUCCUUCCUUCCCCCAUGGCAGAAUUCCCGACUGUAAAUAGGAACAUCCUUCCUGUCAGAUAUGAGUUGUGUGAAUUGUGCUGUAAUUCUGUAAUACCAGGUUUACUAAAGUAAGGAAUCAAUAAACCAUCAUAAAAGAA